GCUUCGUCGAGUGUUUAGAGCUAACAGUUGCCGCUGUUUUUAAUGAGCUGAAGGAUUGUUUAUUUUAUUCAUAAUUGUGUUUUAUUUUAAUUUAAGGGUAACUUUGAAAUGGGAGUGCCGGCAUUUUUCCGAUGGUUAAGUCGAAAGUAUGCGUCGAUUAUCGUGCACUGCAUUGAAGAAAAGCCUAAAGAAUACAAUGGAGUACGUGUACCAACUGAUACAAGUAGACCAAACCCAAACGAGGUGGAGUUUGAUAACCUGUACUUGGAUAUGAACGGUAUCAUUCACCCUUGUACUCAUCCAGAAGACAAGCCUGCGCCAAAGAAUGAAGAUGAAAUGAUGGUUGCUAUUUUUGAAUAUAUUGACCGUUUAUUCAAUAUUGUUCGUCCACGAAGAGUUCUUUAUAUGGCAAUAGAUGGAGUUGCUCCACGUGCCAAAAUGAAUCAACAGAGAUCUAGACGGUUUCGAGCCUCCAAGGAAGCCGUGGAAUUGACUGAAGAGAAAUCACGCAUCAGAGAGGAAAUAUUUCAACGAGGUGGAUAUCUUCCGCCAGAAGAAGUAAAAGAGAGAUUUGAUAGUAACUGUAUUACACCGGGAACUGAAUUCAUGGAUAAUCUUGCACAGUGUCUGAGAUACUACAUUGCUGAUCGUCUCAACAAUGACCCUGGAUGGAGAAACAUAACGGUUAUUUUAUCUGAUGCAAGUGUGCCUGGUGAGGGUGAACAUAAAAUUAUGGAUUAUAUUAGAAGACAACGAGCUCAACCAAAUCAUGACCCGAAUACUCAUCAUUGUCUGUGUGGUGCAGAUGCUGAUCUAAUUAUGCUAGGACUUGCUACACAUGAACUCAAUUUCACUAUAAUAAGGGAGGAGUUCAAGCCAAACAAGCCAAAACCGUGUACCCUUUGUGGUCAACUUGGACAUGAAAUUAAGGAGUGUCAGGGUGUUGCAAGAGAAAAGCAAGGAGAGCACGACGAGUUUGCUGAUACCCCUCCCUGUUCAGAGCAGGAAUUCAUAUUCAUAAGACUUACCGUCCUACGUGAAUAUUUGGAGAGAGAACUAACAAUGGCUAGUUUGCCUUUCCCAUUUGAUAUUGAAAGAAGCAUUGAUGACUGGGUAUUCAUGUGUUUCUUUGUUGGGAAUGACUUUUUACCCCAUUUACCUUCUUUAGAAAUUAGGGAAGGAGCAAUUGAUCGAUUAGUUGGCAUUUACAAAAAUGUAGUACAUAAGACUGGGGGCUAUCUGACUGAGAAUGGGUUUGUAAAUUUGGAGCGAGUUGAGAUGAUUAUGGAUGCUGUGGGAGUGGCAGAAGAUAACAUCUUUAAAAAAAGAAAGGACGACGAGGAAAAUUUCAAGAGGAGAAUGAAAGAAAAGAAAAAAAGAAUGAAGACUGAGAAGCCUGCAUUUAUACCUCGAGGGCAGUUUGCACCUCAACCACUGGGAGGAAGAGGUAGAUCACAACCAAUUAACAACCCACGGCAGGCUGCUUAUGAAAUGCGAAUGCAAGAAAGAAACUUGGACAAUAGGAAUGCUGCUGCAUCGUUGAAAGCAAUGAUGAAGAAUGGCCAUCAGCCUCAAUCACUUAUGAGCUCCCAUGACAAAAACAGCACGUCUCCAUCACCUGCUGUGAAGAGAAAGGCAGAGGACAGUGACAGUGAACCUGAACCAGAAGACAAUGUCAGGUUAUGGGAAGAAGGGUGGAAACAGCGUUAUUAUAAAAACAAAUUUGAUGUAGAUGUAUCUGAUGAUGCAUUUCGUCGGCGAGUGGUGAAAUCGUAUGUUGAAGGUCUUUGUUGGGUCCUUAGGUACUACUACCAGGGCUGUGCAUCAUGGAAAUGGUUUUAUCCAUUUCACUAUGCUCCUUUUGCCUCUGAUUUUAAAGAUAUUAAAGAUAUGUUCAAAGAGUUUGAAGCUGGAACAAAGCCGUUUAAACCACUUGAACAGCUAAUGGGAGUGUUUCCUGCUGCCAGCGGAAACUUUCUACCUCUAACUUGGCAAAGAUUGAUGACUGAACCGAACUCCUCCAUUAUCGACUUCUACCCUGAAGAUUUUGCCAUUGAUUUAAAUGGAAAGAAGUAUGCUUGGCAAGGUGUUGCUUUGCUGCCUUUUGUUGAUGAGCGUCGUCUGAGGGCUGCCCUGGAAGAUGUGUACCCUGACCUCACUUCUGAUGAAAUUAAAAGGAACAGUCUUGGAAGUGAUGUACUCUUUCUUGGAAAGCACCAUCCCCUUUUUGAUUUUGUGUGCGAGUUAUACAAAUCAAAUAUGAUGGAGUUUGUGGACAUACCUCCUGAACUGUGCCAUGGUAUCAAGGGGACUGUCUCCUUAGAUGAAAAUCCUGUUUUACCUGGAAAAUUAGUUGAGUCACCUGUACCAAUGCUAAAGGACAUUGCAAUGAACAAUGCAGUUAGCAUAGAAUUCAAGGAUCCACAAUAUCAUGAAGGCUUUGUCUUUAAAGCUGUGGUUCUACCUGGAGCAAAGGUACCACAUAAAGUGUUAAAACCAGGUGACUGGGAUAAUUCCAAUCAACGUCCUUGGAAGCCUCAGCUUGGCUUUAAUCCAAACCGACAACAAGCCCACUUAAGUCAAUCUGCAUUUAGGACAUUAAGUCAUAAUAUGCCAAGAGAGCGAACAAGGGAUGGUGCAUACAGCAACGCACCACCACCAGGGACUUACCAUCAGCCAGGACCAAAUAGACAACAAAGAGCAUCUCUGGCCCCACCAGCACAAUAUUCAAGACAGCCAGCAUCUUUAUUAGGCCCAAUGCCUGGGUACAGCCAGCAGCAGCAGCAGCAGUAUUCCAGAAAUUAUGGUAAUGAACCUUCAUUGGGUUGGAAUCGAAUGAUGCAGUCCCAGAGGUCUGCUUACCAGCAAAAUCAACAGAGAGGGCCAGAAUGGUCAAGUGGUUACCAGCAGCGUCCUAAUGAUCUUAGAGAUCAAAGGGGAAGACAGGGAUACAAUUCUGGGAGGAAUUAUCCCCUGCCACCUGCUUCAGGAAGAUACAGCUGGAACUGACUGUAAUAAGUACAGUAUGCACCAUAUCACAAAAAGGGACACUGCCUCGGUGGAAAGCGAAAGCCUAUUUAGUAUCUUAUUUUCUCAUAAUUAUGGUUCCUUUUUUAUUGUGAACAGUGCUUUUUUUUCCCCCAACUAGAUUAAUCUGUUACAGUUAAGACAUUAGUUUUGUGGAUUUGUGUGUAGCGCCCUCCUCCCCCAACCACCCCAACCCUAUUUCUGCAGUCUGAAAUUAAUUGUUGGCAUUAUCAAUUGCAAAAUCAUUUCAUUUGUAAUUCUAUAAAUAUUUCCUUGUUUAAUUUCUUACAAUUUUUUUUAUGUAUUUA